AUGGAACCAGUUCAACUGGGUACAAGCUUAGACCUUGAGCAGGGCAGCGCGGUGGUCAGAGCAGGGGCAGCUGGGCAGUGGGAGCGCAGACUGAAAAAAAUACAGACCACCACGACGCUGCUCGUUACUCUGGCUCUGAUCCGCUGUUUUACCAGGGGUCUAAUUAGCCCCGUGUCUGCCUCCUUCCUGAACAGGCCUGAGAUCCUAUCUAAAGAGCCACAGCCUUCAUAUAGCAGCUCCCUGCUCCAGGUGGCCAGGCGGGAAUUCCAGACCAGCGUGGUCUCUCCGGGCAAAUUUAUUGGUGCUGAGACCAAAUUUAUUGGUGCUGAGACCACCACAGUGUGUGUGGCUGGCUCAGGGGCUGGCAUUGGGACCGUGUUUGGCAGCUUGAUCAUCCGUUAUGCCAGGAACCCGUCUCUCAAGCAGCAGCUCUUCUCCUAUGCCAUCCUGGGCUUUGCCCUGUCUGAGGCCAUGGGGCUCUUCUGUUUGAUGGUCGCCUUCGUCAUCCUCUUCACCAUGUGAGGCUCCGUGGGGGGUGACCUACCCAUCCCU